AUGAUUUUGAGGGAGAAUAUUCAUGCGAGAAGAUUUUGCAUUGCUUUUCAUUCCACUUUAUGGGAAACCCGUAGCUUUACGAAGAAGAUGAUGGACUUCGAAUUUUUUCGAAAUAAUCCUCCCCCUCCAUUUAUUUGCAUUGAUUUGUGCUCACAAAUAUCUCCUUUACAAUCAUCAGCGUCGACCGUUUCUGUAGCAUCACUCGGUCCGAACUCUUCAAACUCUCCUGAAGGAAUUGAAGCAGUUGCAAAUCCCGUUAUUGUAUGCCCGAACAAUCAAUCUGCUCAAUGCUCUAUCGAAGGACUACCUGACGGCGCUAUUGUCCACUGUGCUCCAGAUGAGGCUACUAAUGAACGCACUUCGUCAAAUUUGUCUCGAUGCCAAGAGGAGCUACGGGAGAUGAAAAUGGAAGCAAUAAAAGCUCGGGAAAGAAGAAAUGAGGAAAAACGAUUGACGCGUUCGGAACCGGAGAGAGCUCAUUUGGACGGAUUAGGCAGUGUAGUGUCAAACCUCCGAGGAGAGGGAAACGCAGAUGAAUGCCGCAAGAAAAGAAUUAUCUUAGACUCCAGAGGUGUGCCGAUUUCACAACCACGUCGUCGCCUAAGAAGUACUUUCGGUGGAGGUGCAGUGGUUAUUCCCACUUCUGUGCAGUCAACGCUCGACCUAGACUUGCCACCGCUUCCUCCGCGACCUACAGACCCUGCUGAAAUUAGGAAGAUUGUACGAAGUAAAAUGAUUCGGUGCAAGGUUUGCGGUAAUCGGUUCGGGCAAAGAAAUCUGCUGGAGCGACAUUUGCGGGACCGACAUCACGUAGAGUACCUAGAAUAUCUCUACCAAGAAGAGCUGGAAGUGCAGAAACAAAGAGAAGAAGAACUAGAGCGGAAUCGAAUUGAUGAGUUGACGUCUGGAGGCUUUAUUCCUCCGCAGUCGGCAAUAGAGUCGAAUAGCUACGACAUCGAUAUCCAAGCGAUUCCACUUCCUGGUGAGUUAUCAAAUGGUGUUGUGGCGAGGUUUGAUGCGAACGGUUACCUCAGACAACCAAAGAGGACGUUCCGAAAGAAGGUUUCUCCUCAGUGUCCAUUCUGUGACAAGAGGUUCAGAAAUGAGGUUUCGCUGAAGAAACAUUUCGUAAAGAAGCACCCUGAAUGCGUAGAAUUCGUACAGUGUCUUGACUGCUUUAAGUGCCUUCCGGAUAAGAGUCAUCUUAAUGAUCAUGAGUGUGAUAUGACAUGGCUGUGUUAUGAAUGUUCGCCAAUACAAAACAUGUGCACUGAGCAGCGUUUCACCAACCACCGUGCAAAAUUUCAUCGUGGAGCUAAUUCCGGGUUCCGAUGCAACGAAUGCAAUCAGAAAUUUCUUACUCCACGCAAGCUAAGGAAGCACAGGAAAAUGUCUCAUGUGUUCGUCAAAACGUAUUCUUGCCAUUUCUGCGAGGAGCUGUUUACUAGUGAAGUUUCGGUGAUGACGCACGAACGAAUUCAUACCGGUAUCAUUAAGUUCGAGUGUAAGAUUUGCGACUUCCGGUGUAAUAGAUAUAUUCAAAUGGAGAACCAUAAAAAGGAAGAUCAUGGGUAUCUGUGCUCCAUCUGUCAGGAGAGCUUCGGGGAAUGGGCGGAGAUUAAGAACCAUACCCUGUCAAAGCAUGGAGGAUACCUCACUAGCGAUACAUAUACGGGCUACAUCGAGUCUCCAAGACAACGAUGUCGCUGCUGUUGUUUCAUCUAUGCUCUAGAGGACGACUUUCUCAUCUGUGCCAUUGCUAUCGACUCUGCUCCCGAAAUCCGCAUAUUUGGAUUGAAGAUUUUCUUCAUCGUUUCAACGACUGAAGUAGGAAUCAUGAGAAAUAACUGA